AUGCCUGGAAAGGCAGCGUGCAAAACACAUGCCAGACACGUUCGGUACCUCUUGGCGUCCUACGAGGCCCGCGCCGAGGGCCUCACAAGAGUCACACGAUUGACUCUGGGUUUUUUCCAACCCCUACCGGACCACGCAUCGCGGUAUCUGGCAUUGCCUCCCACCCUCUCGGGUCCAGUUAAAAUAUCCCUGUUUGAGACGUUUCAAACGGGGAACACAACGUCAGUCUUCGUCGAGUAUCCAACUAGUGAUUUCGCAAAUUUGGGAGCGCGGCUAAACGAAGCACGUUUCACACUUGCUGAAUUUGACGAGCAGCAGACGGAAAUCGAAGCUAUCGAUCAGGUGUCUGACCAUGAAGCAGAGCGUCUUGGCUUUGAAGACGCAUAUUAUUCAGCGAUUAGUAAGGCGAACACGUACCUUAAUCGUCACAACAAUGCAACCCCUGCUUCAGUGAAUUCAGCGGUUACAGCGAACACAAACAUUGAUACGAUCAGCUCUGGCAUCAAAUUACCAACGAUGAACCUACCUAAGUUUAACGGUAAUUAUGACCAGUGGCUAAACUUCCGGGAUACCUUCAGCGCGUUGAUUCAUAAUAAUCCCGCGAUACCGGACAUUCAAAAAUUCUUCUACCUGCGAUCCUCACUCCAGAAAACAGCUAUAGAGGUGAUUGAUUCAUUGGCAACAUCCGCGGAUAACUAUAGAACUGCAUGGGAUAUGCUGACUAAACGCUUCGACAACAAAAAAUUAAUGAUCAAUCGGCAUCUUCAAUCUCUAAUUGAUACUCCUUUGGUGCAUCGAGAAUCGGGUACGGCAUUACGGCAUAUGCUUGAUCAUGCUCAGAAAGUCUCACGAUCCUUGAAGAUUUUGGGUGCUAAUACAUGGGACGCGUUAUUCACGCAUCAUAUCGUCACAAAGAUGGACUAUACAACGAAGCGUGAGUGGAAAAGCUACACUAAGGAUAUUGAUAUGCCAACGGAAACAAACUUGAUAGAGUUUCUAGAAGAGCGUUGUUCGAUAGUGGAUACAGAAUCGGUAACAAAGAGCGGUAACAAGUCGAAUCCGCCAAGUGAUUCACGAAAAUCAAACUCCAAACGUCCCAACACAAGCUUUACAGGUGUAUCAACGGACAUUACAAAGUGCAAGUUAUCUCACAGUGGGAAGUGCACAUUUGGCCGGUGCCGAAAGUGUCAGAAAUUCCACAACUCUUUAUUACAUGUGGAGUCUUAUCCAACUACGUCCAAUGAAAGGGGUUUUCGCGCGCCUACACCAGAUUCGGAGCAAGAGACUUCUGCAAGCCGUAACGCGAAACCAGGCCCGUCCGACGGACCCGGCACGGCUCAAACGGCGGCCCCAUUCACCGGAGCGGUAGGAGCCGCAAAAUCUCAAGUUCUUCUAUCAACCACGUUGAUUCUUGUGGAAGACAAGUACGGUAAAUCGCAUGAAUGUCGAGCACUUCUCGACUCAGGGUCCCAGUCGAACCUCAUGACUAGAGAACUCAGUGAUCGACUUUCCUUACCCAAGGAGAGAUUAUCCAUGCCACUUGGUGGUAUCAACAAUACGCUCACAAACGUUCGUGAACGACUACAGCUGACGAUUCGCUCACGACAGCAUGCCUACAAGAGCACACUGCCAGUCCUCGUCAUCGACGAAAUUGUGACGCAGCAACAUGCCGAUCCAACGUUCAAUCGCCCGGGUAAAAUUGACCUGCUCAUCGGCGCAUCCAUUUUCUGGGAAUUAAUUUGCGUAGGUCAAAUAAAACUGGCCAAGGGACAGCCUGUCAUGCAGAAAACCCAAUUGGGUUGGAUCAUUUCCGGAGAAAUUGCAAUCGAGCAACAUAAUAAACAUCGAACCCAACAGUUCUGCGGGUUCGUCACAAACGAUCAAUUAAAUUAUCGUUUAGACCGUUUCUGGAAAUUGGAGGAAUGCAUCAGGAAGCCUCACUUCACACCUGACGAACGAGACUGUGAAGAGCAUUUUGACCAGACGCACGGCCACGCGGAUGACGGGAAGUUUAUCGUACAACUACCCUUACGUAAGGAUGUCUCUGAGUUAGGAGAUUCCAAACAAACCGCGAUAAAACGAUUUCACGCAGUCGAACGCAAAUUAUCACGACAGCCUGACCUAAAGGCUCAGUACGUAAAAUUCAUGGACGAAUACGAGUCUCUGAAUCAUAUGACCGAGAUCAUCAAUGAUCUUCCGACAACGCGGCCAACUUAUUACAUACCGCAUCACGCAGUUUUGAAGGAAGACAGCCUAACGACCAAACUAAGAGUCGUGUUCGACGGGUCGGGUAAAACAACGUCUGGGACAUCUCUCAACGAUCUACUACUAGUCGGACCCACGAUUCAGCAAGAUCUCUUCUCAAUCGUUCUACGCUUUCGUCAACACAAGUACGUAAUCACAGCGGAUAUUGAAAAAAUGUACCGCCAAAUCUUAGUCCACCAGGAUCAACGAGAUCUUCAGCGCAUCGUCUGGAGACGGUCCCCGGAAGAACCCCUGCGGAUCUUCCAAUUGAACACCGUUACUGACGGUCUUGCAUCAUCGCCAUUUUUAGCGAUCAGAUGCCUACAUCAGCUGGCACGAGAAAACCUCGACCAUUUUUCCGACGCCAGUCGCAUAAUACAGGAGGAUUUCUAUGUCGAUGACCUGCUAACCUGA